CUCGAUGACGACAUUCAACGUGCGAUAUUCGAGGUCCAGCUCGCCCUCUGGGACUACAUGUCCAAGAAUCUUCCUGACGAACAGAUCACCGCUCUUGCAAAUCUCGUGGAACAUGUCGUUCAUAGCCUCGUCUUCAAGCUCGGGUCUGAAUGGACGGGCGCCCAAACGUCUUUGUUGGACGUGUAUUCAGAGAUGGUUGGUGUCUGGACACCAGGUCGAUCCGCAAGGCACAAUUUUUGGCCCGCUUUACAACCACUUGUUGAAAUUAUGAUCAAUCAGUACGACGCACUGUACGAUGCUGAUCAACGUAUGCGUGCGCCCUUCGACACCAUGUGUGAAAUUUUAGGAUUUGGCCUCAGACAUGGUGUGGAAACUGUGUACGACAUUUUCCUCGAUAUGCGAUGUCUGGAAGUUUUCGGAAGCCACUCCCUUCGUCCAUCGCUGGUCACUGUUAUUAACGGAUACGUUGCUGGAUUUGCGGCACUGGAUACAUCGAUCGAUCUCCAGCGACAUUUGGACUACCUUCACGAGCCUGAGAAUCUCUUCUUGGCGUGUUGCAUUCUAAUCACCAACGGGUGGAACGCGUGCGGUGAAUCACCCAAUAAUAUAUUUUCACCACUGCUCGACUAUCAUAUAUGA